UACCUCCCACGCAAUCUUCUUCCCAAGUCUUUUUCCUUACAUAAAGAGACUAGUUGACCUCUCCCCUCUCACCGUUCCUUGGAGUACAAAAUUAUGAAUUCCAGGCAUCAACUCCUCUAGAUUCACUCCCCCUUGAGGCCACAACCAUGGAACCCACCAAUUCCUCCACCGAUUCUGGUGCAGCCACCCACAUCGACUUCGACUACGGGCCAACUCCGGCCACUGUUCCAUUGCUCCUACGGCCGUCCUAUCCCCAAUCCAAAACAACUGCCCAUGACGAGCUACGUAAAUUUCAAAUAAGCCUCAAGUGGUGCGCACUUGAUCACUCAACCACUACAGGCAAGUUCAUCUCCUAUGUCAUCUUCUUUAUUCUGGCCGUUAUCAUCCCCAUUGUGAGCUCUCUCACCCUAAAAGUACCAGCAUCUUCUCCUACUAAUGACCUAAUCUCCUUCAAUAAACUAGUACAAUUGCCAGAAUCCGGCCUCGCCGCUAUUGGUUUCUUUACCCUCUCCUCAUUUUUCCGCCGAUAUGGCCUUAGACAACUACUAUUCCUUGAUGCGCUUCAAGAUGAUUCUCCCUUUGUUCGACGUGGUUACACAAGGGAGCUUGACAAGGCCUUCCGGCACCUCGCAAUCAUCUUGCUUCCUUCAUUUUUCGUCGAAUUUGUACAUAAAAUCGUAUUUUUUUCGACCGUAAAAGUAUCGAUACCGUAUGUAACAGCGUCCAUGCCGUCCAAUUCGAUCAUGUUUAUAGCGGUUUUGGCUUCUUGGGUGUACCGGACUGGUGUGUUCUUGUUGGUAUGUGUGCUUUUCAGACUCACCUGUGAGCUUCAGAUACUGAGAUUUGAAGGGCUUUACAAGCUCUUGGAGGGGAGUGGAUCAGAUGCUGGAGUUAUAUUCCAGGAGCAUAUGAGGAUAAGAAAGCAGUUAUCGGUUACAAGUCAUAGAUACCGAUAUUUUAUCAUUGGUUGCUUGGUUGUUAUCUCUGUUAGUCAAUUGGGAGCCUUGAUGCUGGUUUUGGAAUCAAAAUCAGGGAAGAGUUUCAUCAAUUCAGGAGAUGUUUUGGUGUGCUCAGUUGUUGAGCUAAGUGGUUUCUUCUUAUGCCUACUGGGGGCUGCAAGAAUCACCCAUAGAGCUCAAGGGAUUGUAUGCAUUGCCACAAGAUGGCAUAUGUUGGUAACUUGUGCCUCUGCUACUGGAUCAAACACUACAUGGAAAGACAUACUUCCGGUAGCCAAUGGUGCUGACCCACCGCCACCGUCACCGUCACCGCCACCACCAUCGCCGCUGGCCUCAAAAUGCUCAAGUGAUUCUGAGUCUGAGGUUCACAUCUCAUUCUCAUCACAGGACACAACAUCCUUCCAAACCAGGCAAACUUUAGUAACAUAUUUGCAACACAACAAUGGGGGAAUCACAUUGUUCGGAUUUGCGCUCGAUCGUGGAUUGCUUCAUACGCUCUUUGCUUUCGAAUUUUCUCUCGUGUUAUGGAUCUUGAGCAAGGUGGCUGUUCUUUCUUGAUCAAGUAUAUUUACAGACCAGGUCCCCUUUAAAGAACAUGGGAGAAAGGAAGUAUUUCUGGGGUUUUUGGGUCCUUGUUCCGUUCAUCUUGUAACAUAUCUUAGAUCCAAUUCCAUUUUCUUAAUUAGAUUAAUUGUUCAAAGAUUCAUAUUAA